AUGGCAGCACCGCCAGUCCAGAGCCUCACCGAGGACGACAUGUACCGCACAUCCACCCAAUUCCGCCUCUGGUCCUUCAGCGAAUCCGCUCUCCUCUCCCUCCGUCAAAACACCCACCAAGCUGCCGUCCAACAAGCUCGAACAUAUCUCCCCGAAUCCGACAUGGCUUCUCUGCCUUCAGCACAGGAUGAGCUCCGUCUAGUACAGCGCUACUGCGACCAAGUACGCAACACGUCCGAUUUCUUCCAGUGGUCCGUCAAUGUCAAAGCCACCGCCGUGCAAUAUCUGAAGCGCUUCUACACCACAAACUCCGUCAUCACCUACCCGCCCAAGGAAAUUUACAAGAGUGUUUUGUUUUUGGCGAGCAAGACUGAGGGCGUACACAUGUCUCUUUCCGAAUACGCCAGACGCAUAAAGACGGAUCCGAAAGAUGUGUUAGCUCCAGAGUACAAGAUCAUUCAAGCCUUGCGCUUUACCCUCGACGUACGGCAACCUUUCCGCGCCCUCAAGGGCUGUCUGAUGGAUCUCUUAAACCUGGCUGCUGGUAACGGUGCGCCCUUGCCCUUUCUCUCUACAACACCAGAGCACUUACAACAACAAAUGUGUGCUCUACCACCACCACCCCAAGGCUCAAGGACACAAUGGCAGCCUCCGCAACAUAUAGGCGCUAAAGAAGCAUCAGAUAGAGCACACUGUGCCUAUGCAGUCGCCCGCCAUAUACUCGACGCUCCUGCUCUCCUCACAGACGUCUAUUUCCUCUUCACACCACCCCAGAUCUAUCUCGCAGCUUUGAAGCUUUCAGACCCCAUCCUCUUUACCUUCUACCUCAGCACCAAGAUCCCCGCUACGGCAGCUGCUCACGAUAUCAUUGUAUCCACCAUCGCACAAUGCGCAGACAUGCUGUCAAGCUUCGACAACAAAGCCGUCAUGAGUAAAGACGAAAGAGCGCAGCUGGAAGCUACUCUAGAGCAAGUGAGAGAUCCAGGGACAAGGGAUCUAGUAGGUAGACAUGAGGAAGCCAAGAGAGGAGGCUUGGGGUUAGGCGAAGUAGAUGGAGAAAAAGCAGAGAGGAAAAAGUUGGCAAGAGAAAAGAGUUUUAGGGAGGGUGAAGAUCUGUUUGGUCCUGCUUUGACUGUGCAGCAGAAGGGAUGA